AUGUGCAGCAUUCCUGAACUUCUACCGAACAAGUUCCGGCACAUUGGUAUCUGUCUCUCGGACGGUUUCGUCUUCCUCAUCGUUAUAAUUGGUCCUAUUGUUGGAAGAUACGCCAUCGACGUCAAUGCGUGGCAGUGGGUAUACUGGGCUGGUCUGAUCGCUCAAGCCAUAUCCUUCAUAUCUCUUUUCUUGCUCUACAAGCCACCGAAGCACCCCAAGGGCGUUCCAUGGUCCGAGGCAGUCCGAGGCCUCGACUAUGUGGGCACUGCACUCAUUGUGCCAGGCAUCUGCCUUGCGCUUGUUGGUAUCAUCAACACCACAUACAAGCCAAGCUCAGACGUAACCGUCAUUGCACCCAUGGUAGUCGGGUUCGUCCUGAUCGCUGCAUUUGGAGUCUGGGAGACGCUCUCGAACACACGCUUCAAACUCUGCCCGCCACACUUAUUCCGGAGCCACAAAGGAAGAGAAUUCACGGCGCCGUUCAUCGUAGCGUUCAUCGUCACCAUGUUCUACUACUCGGUCAACAUCAUCUGGCCGACAAUGGUCAAUGUCUUCUACCUGGGCCCGAACGUCUCGCGGAGUACCGAACUGCUGCUUACACUGCCGCCGAAUGUAGGCCUUGUCUUCGGAUCACUAUGCCUGAUGGCUUUCGGCAACGUUAUCGGACACUGGAAAUGGACAUUGAUCGGUACCUGGACUGGCAUGGUGUUCUUUGGCGCUUUAAUGGGCCUUGUCACUCCGUUCAACCAGAAUUUGAUGAUCGUGUUUUGCUGCAUCAACGCCUCUUUCUUCGGAUGGGCACAGUACGAGUCCAUCGCGUUCACACAACUUGGCGUGCCACAACAAGAUCUCGGUUUCUCGGGUGGCUUGGCGGGUAUGGCUCGUUACGCAGGAGGAUCGCUGGCUCAGGCCAUCUAUACCACUAUCCUCACCAACACCCAGACCACUCGCGCUGCUGCGACGGUUCCCGCUGCUGCUGUGAAGGCGGGUAUGUCGUUGGAGAACGCGCAAGCUUUACUUGCAGCUUUGCCCCUAGGCGCAGCCGCCAUCGCCGAAGUGCCAGGUACAAGUCCAGAGGCACUAGGCGCGGCUUCUUUGGCGUUCCAAUGGAGCUAUGCGCACGCGCUAAAGAUCGUGGCACUCAGUAGUCUGAGUUUUGGUAUCGUAGGAUUGCUCUGCAUCUUCUAUUGCGAGGAUUUGACACCAAAGAUGACGGACAAGGUGGAGGUCUUCCUCGAGAACGACGUGUACGCGGACAAGAACGAGUUCCACUGA